UAACACUAUCGGUACCGACGAUUUUGCAUUCGGCUUUGGCUAAUAUUCCUUGCAGCUCCGGAAUUCUUCAAAUCCUUAAAGUUCUUGGUGCCGCGUACAAAAUAUUCACCAUGGCGUUGUUCGCUAAAUACUUGAGGAUCGGCAGUACUGUGAAGCACGGGUUUAAAGUAUUUCCACAAUUAACAACUGCUAAAUAUAGUGUAUAUCCACCUCAUUUUGCUGAACCAGUCUACAAAAAACAAGAAUUAGAUAAACUUUAUGAAUCUGGAGAGAUUGAGAAUUACAAACUGAUUCCAUUUAAAGCUGCUAGAAGUAACGAAACUUGUUCUAUAUUUCAUGAUCCUACAGUUACAAAAUUUGUAAACUAUAUGCUUCUAAAAGGACAAAAAAAAUUGGCCCGAGGAGUCUUAGAAAAAACCUUUGAAAAAAUCAAAAAGCUACAGUUAGAGAAGUAUAACAGAGAAACAGAUCCUGAGAAAAAAGCUUCAAUGAUUAUAGAUCCUAUAGUCAUACUGAAAAAAGCAAUUGCUAACUGCAAACCACUUUUAAAAUUGACUGCAGUAAAACGAGGAGGAUCUUUUUACCAGGUUCCAGUACCAAUUACAGAUAAAGAAUCAACAUUUUAUGCAAUGAGAUGGUUUGUACAGUGUGGACGCGAAAAAGACAAAUCCAUUAGUUUUGCUGACUUUAUGGCCACCGAAUUAAUCAAAGCCUCUAAUAAUGAUGGAAAAGUCGUGCAAAAAAAAUUGGAUCUACAUAAACAAUGUGAGGCAAACAGAGCAUACGCACACUACCGCUGGAGUUAAUUCUUACACAUGUUAUAUAUAAAUUAAUUUAAAAUAAGUUAUGUAAUAAAUAUUUUUCUUAGUCAUAAUCA